AACACAGAGACAUGAAAACAAUAACAAACACAUUCGAUUCCGUAAGUUUCUUCUCUCUCUCCCACAACGACGUGCUCUCCUCUAUCUCACUCCUCUCUUUUUAUCUUCCCCAUUCUUCACAUUUACCUUUGAUCAUCAUCAUCAUCAUCACCUCAUAUGGAUUCUCGAAUCAUCAAAGAAGAAGCCGAGGAGGCGGCGUUGGCCUCUCUCCUCCCUCCCCCUCCGCAUCGCAAGACGCAAUCUUUCAACCAACAAUUCGGCGAGAAGCCGCCGCACCACCAGAUCCGCAAGCACAGCCUCGACGAGGUCCCUAUAUCCUCCACGCCGGCAUCCGCAACCGAAUCCGCCGUCUACUUCGACUCCUCCGACGACGAAUUCUCCACCGGAGGAGCCGGAGACAGCUUCUUCGACGGAAGCAGCGCCGGCGAGGAUUACUCCGUCGUCACUCCUCCUCCUAAUAUCGGGGACGACUCCGUCGAGCCGCUCCCGGAGUUCAUCGGCGCGGGAGGCGGCGCCGGGAUAUUCAAGGUUCCGGUACGCGCGGCGGUGCAUCCCGGCCGGCCGCCGUGUCUGGAGCUGAGGCCGCACCCUCUCAGGGAGACGCAGACGGGGAGGUUCUUGAGGAACGUCGCUUGCACGGAGGCCCAGCUGUGGGCGGGUCAAGAGAACGGCGUGAGGUUUUGGAAGUUAGAAGAGGCUUACGUGGCGGGGCGUGGGGUCGGCGGGAAAGUAGAGCGAGGGGAUGAGGAUACGGCGCCGUUUCGUGAGUCUGUUACUACUUCCCCUACUUUGUGUUUGGUGGCUGACGAAAGCAACAAGGUUCUGUGGAGCGGCCACAAGGAUGGGAAGAUCAGGGCUUGGAACAUGGAUCAGCAUGAUGAUGAUUCUGAUCCUUUCGAGGAGCGAAUCUCGUGGCAAGCUCAUCGCGGUCCGGUGAACUCAAUCGUCAUUAGCUCUUAUGGUGAUAUGUGGUCAUGUUCUGAAGGAGGUGUGAUCAAGAUAUGGCCUUGGGACUCGUUAGAGAAAUCUCUUCUGCUUAAACCUGAGGAGAAACAUAUGGCUGCGAUGUUAGUGGAGAGGUCUGCCAUUGACCUCAGGAGCCAAGUUACUGUCAACGGGACAUGCAGCUUAUCUUCCUCGGAAGUCAAAUACUUGUUAGCCGAUUCUGUUAGAGCUAAAGUGUGGGCUGUGCAGUCACUCUCUUUCUCUAUCUGGGAUGCUCGGAGUAAAGACCUUUUGAAAGUUUUCAACGUUGACGGACAAGUCGAAUGUCGUGUAGACGUCAUGCCAUCUAUACAAGACCAGCAAGUCGACGACGAGAUGAAACUCAAGUUCUUCUCACCUUCCAAAAAGGAGAAACCACAGGGGUUUCUACAGCGGUCACGUAACGCCAUAAUGGGAGCUGCUGGAGCUGUACGCAGAGUCGCCAGUAGAAGUGCAGGAGCGUUCUUGGAAGAUACAAGGAAAACAGAAGCUAUCGUCUUAGCUGCGGAUGGAACUAUUUGGACAGGAAGCAUGAGCGGUCAGAUUGCUCAAUGGGAUGGAAACGGAAACCGCUUGAGGGAUGUGAACCACCACCACAGGCCUGUUUUGUGCUUUUGCUCUUUUGGUGAUCGGAUCUAUGUUGGUUACGCGAGUGGUUACAUCCAGGUAUUGGAUCCUGAUGGGAAGUUGAUAGCGAGCUGGGUUUCGCAUAAUGAGCCUGUGAUAAAGCUAGCAGCUGGUGGCGGUUUCGUUUUUAGUUUGGCUAGUCAUGGUGGAGUACGAGGGUGGUAUGUGACGUCUCCAGGACCGUUGGAUAAUAUAAUCCGAACUGAGUUGUCUCGGAAGGAAAGUUCUUACGCUAGACAAGACAAUGUUAGGAUUUUGAUUGGUACGUGGAACGUUGGUCAAGGACGGGCUUCACACGAUGCGCUUAUGUCUUGGUUGGGAUCUGUCACUUCAGAUGUUGGUAUUGUCGUUGUUGGGUUGCAAGAGGUGGAGAUGGGGGCAGGUUUCCUUGCUAUGUCUGCCGCUAAGGAAACGGUUGGACUUGAGGGAAGUGCUGUGGGGCAAUGGUGGAUUGAUGCAAUUGGAAAAGCACUUGAUGAGAAUAACACUUUUGAGCGUAUGGGUUCAAGGCAGUUGGCUGGACUUCUGAUAUCUCUUUGGACGAGGAAGGAGAUUAGAACACAUGUUGGAGAUCUUGAUGUUGCAGCAGUCCCUUGUGGCUUUGGCCGUGCCAUUGGCAACAAGGGAGGUGUGGGUCUGAGAAUCAGAGUUUAUGAACGAAUCAUGUGCUUUGUGAACUGCCACUUGGCUGCGCAUUUGGAGGCAGUUAACCGCAGAAACGCCGAUUUCAAUCACAUUUUUAGAUUAAUGGUCUUUUCAAGAGGACAAAAUCUAAGUAACGCAGCAGCUGGUAUGGUGCAGUUCCUGUUUAUGUCUUGCUCACUUGGCUUAUCCACAUAUUUAUUCUGGCUACUUUACUCUUCUGGUUUGCCGUGGGCCCUCUCUCUUGCAGCUGGCGUCUCCACAGCAGCUUAUACACUCAAGACUACCACUAGUCCAAGCAUUGGCACUGAAGAAGCCAAGUCUGAUUUAGCAGCAGCAGACAUGAUUGCAUUUUUCGGCGAUUUUAACUAUAGGCUGUUUGGUAUAACCUAUGAUGAAGCGAGAGACUUCAUCUCGCAGCGGUCCUUUGACUGGCUCAGAGAAAGAGACCAACUCAGACAAGAGAUGAAGGCUGGAAAAGUCUUCCAAGGAAUGCGUGAGGCAUUAAUCACUUUCCCUCCCACUUACAAAUUCGAAAGGAAUCGUCCAGGCCUAGGAGGAUAUGACUCAGGGGAGAAAAAACGAAUCCCUGCAUGGUGUGACAGAGUUAUAUACAGAGACACUCAAUCAAGCCCGUUUUCACAGAGCAACUUGCAGUGCCCUGUAGUUUCAUCGGUUAUAAUGUAUGAAGCUUGUAUGGAUGUUACUGAGAGCGAUCACAAACCUGUACGCUGCAAGUUUCAUGCGACCAUAGCACACGUUGAUAAAUCUGUGCGGAGACAGGAGCUGGGGAAUAUAAUAAGGUCCAAUGAGAAGAUAAGAUCCAUAUUAGAGGAUCUAAAAUUUGUUCCGGAAACAACUGUUAGCACCAACAACAUUGUGCUUCAGAGUCAGGACACAGUCAUACUAACAAUCACAAACAAAUCAACAAGCAAAGCUAUUUAUAGCAUUCUCUGCGGUGGUCAGACUAUAGUUAGGGAUGAUGAUGGUGAAGAGUCUGAUUAUACUCCACGAGGCUCCUUUGGUCUACCUCGCUGGCUUGAGGUUUCACUGGGAGGUGGGAUAAUUAAACCAGAAGGAUCAGUGGAUGUGAAAGUUCACCACGAAGAGUUUUACACGUUGGAAGAGUAUGUUGAUGGUAUCCCACAGAAUUGGUGGUGUGAAGACGCUCGAGAUAAAGAAGCAAUCCUGAUGGUGAACAUUCGAGGUAGCUGCUCUACUACAUGGACAAGCCACUCUGUUAAAGUCCGUCACUGCUACUCAGGCAGAGUAUGUCUCCUUGAUCCCAAACCCACAAACCUUACAAAGAACCUAGGCGGUUCACGUCGCCAUCCAACGGAUACUAGACGGGGUAAAAGCCGGUGAUGAGCUCUUGUAACAUUGACACUUAUGACUAGAUCCUAGAGUAGAAGAACAACAAAGCCAUCAAAUAAAAAAAUGCAUGAGGUGAAGAAUUGCUUUUAUUCAUUUUUUUAAAAUAUUCUUUCGAGAAUCCAUGUUGUAUCAGAAACUGUAGAUUUGCUUUGAGACCAUUCCUCAGUUAGGCUCGUAUUCAACUUUGGAGUCUCCUCACUUGAAUCUAAAUGGUUUAAGUAAGACUUGUGUAAACAUAUGUUACUUGU